CUCUCUCACACACACCCUCUCUCACACAGACAGACACACACUCACACACCCAGGUCUUCCCUGCUUCGCUGAGCCUGUACUCCAGUCAGUGCCUUCUGUAGCUAUCAUGGCCUGGACGCGACCACUGCUGCUGUCACUGCUGGCCGCAGUCCUCCUGCUCAACCUGUGCAGAGAGACGCAGAGUGCAGCUGUCAAAGACGACGCCAGCAAAGAUACAAAAGAUGACGCCAGCAAAGACGUCAAAGACGACAAAGACUCCCACACCGGCACACAGUCUAAAGAUCGUGUGUUCAUGGAGGCAUCAGAUGCGUCUCGAUUCCUCAGGCGCCGCAGUCGCCGCUCACCCAAGUCCUACGCAGAGUCCAUGGCGGAGUACCGGGUGAUGAGAGCCCAGUCUGAGCGUCGGAGGGAAUACCAGGAGGAGCAGAUGGAGGAGUUUACCAGAUACGGAGAGGAGACGCGGACCGAGACAAAUGAGCGUACCCGUGAGACCAACGAGCAGUAUCGCGAGUUCUACUACGACGGCAUGUACCCACGCUACCCCCACCACCGCCACCCCCGGUGAACACACCCCGUCACCACGGAAACGGACUGGAGAGCCACGCCCCCUUCCCUCCCUCCUCCUCAGAACGGGAGGGGGGCUGUGAUGUCACUCCCACAUGUACACGUCUCAGAACGGAUGUUGGCAAAGGUCACGAUUUCAAGGGCAAUUAUUAUUUUACGAUGAACAAAUCGAAGGGAGGCAGAUUUGAAGUGGAUUUCUGUUUCAUACUUUGUUUUAUGAUGCAAAAACUAAAGGGAGCCAAUUAUUACUAUAUCAUGAGAGAAAAGAAGGGAACUGUCGUCUAAUUUGUUGUUUCAGUUAUCACUUUAUGACUAAAGAAACUAACGCAGGCCGGGCACCGUUUCUCGAAAGCAUUGUUGCUAAUCAGUUAGCAACGUAGUAGAUUGCCAAU